AUGGCUCAGCUCAACAAGCUUGAGUACCUGUCGGUGGCAAACAACAAGCUUAGUGGAACUCUUCCAGUAAGUUUGUUUUCUUCUAUGAAAGAUUUGCAAAGGCUUUACCUCCAAAACAAUCAAUUCGCUGGUGCGCUUCCGACGUCACUCUCCAAUACCGUCAACCUGAGAUACUUCGACGCCAGCCAUAAUGGCUUCACGGAUAGUCUGCUCUUCUCCAAGCUGCCGAAGUCUCUAUACCAGCUUUCACUGCGAAGUAACGCAGCCUCUCUGACGCUUGACAGCCCCGACGUUACAAGGUUUCAGGAUCUCGAGGUGCUGGACUUGAGCAGCAACAAAGUAAGGGGACCUCUCCCUUCCACGAUAUUCUUGCUACCGAGCCUCCAGCAGCUAAACCUUUCCCACAACCAGCUCACUUCAAUCAGCUCAACCGAUCACCUGGAUUUUAGCAACAGCCAGCUCGUUGCUUUUGACGCGAGUCAUAACAACAUCCGAGGCAGCUUGCCGGUUGCGUUGUCGAGGCUUAACAGGCUUUCAUCCCUCUCCUUAAGCAGCAACCAUUUCACCAGUAGGAUCCCAGACGAGUACGCGAAGAAAGUUGCAGCCGAUGGUUCCACUGCUCUACCGCUGGCCAGAUUGUUCUUGGACGGAAACUAUCUCCAAGGCGAGGUACCCAGCCUAUUUCUAAAGCCCCUCCCAAACCUCAUCAGCGCCAGCUUCACAUACAACUGCCUCAAGAAAUGUCCAGCCAGUCUUUCCUUCUGUAGUGGAAGCCAGAGGCCCGAUUCCGAGUGCCGCUACUAG